AUGAUCAGAAUCGUUUAUGCGAUAGGGGUAUCGUGUACGGAAGCCACGGUGGCAGUCCUCGCUCCAUACGUCGCCGCGGACGAUAAAACCUCAGUCGCUCUCCUCUUGUGCCUCUCCCUCAUGCCUAUCCCGAGUGCCUCUCCCUCAUGCCUCUCCCUCAUGCCUAUCCCGAGUGCCUCUCCCUCAUGCCUCUCCCUCAUGCCUAUCCCGAGUGCCUCUCCCUCAUGCCUCUCCCUCAUGCCUAUCCCGAGUGCCUCUCCCUCAUGCCUAUCCCUCAUGCCUAUCCCUCAUGCCUCUCCCUCAUGCCUCUCCCUCAUGCCUCUCCCUCAUGCCUCUCCCUCAUGCCUCUCCCUCAUGCCUAUCCCUCAUGCCUAUCCCUCAUGCCUCUCCCUCAUGCCUCUCCCUCAUGCCUCUCCCUCAUGCCUCUCCCUCAUGCCUCUCCCUCAUGCCACUCCCUCAUGCCUAUCCCGAGUGCCUCUCACUCGCGCCUCUCUCUCCGGCCUCUCCCUCCGUGUGCACCAGGCGAUCACCAUCGUUCAAGUCGCGGGGUUCGGGGGAGCGGCAGACGCGCUGGGGGGGGCGUCGUAUAACCCGCUCACCAACCUCAUCAACUACCUCGCUGACGAGGACGACGAGACGGCGCUCGGCUUGCUACUGCGCCUCCCCGCUCAGGCAGGUGGCAUGGUGAUAGGUGCCAUGCUGACGUGGAAGUUCAUUCCGGAGUCUCUCAAGCACACAGUCAACGGGCCCGCGCUGCCACCUGGCGUCUCGGUAUUGGCCGGCGCGACAGCGGAGUUUACGCUCACGUUUCUGCUGUUCCUGGUGGUGAUGUGGACGCUGUUCCUGGGCCCCAGCAGCGACCGCUUAAAGGAAGUCAUCAUGGUCUCAGCCACAAUAGUCGUCAUUGCUGCUGGCAUGGGCUUCUCUGGCCCUUCCCUGAACCCCCUCUUUGCGUUCGGGUGGGUGUACACAUUGGAUCAGGAGAUGUCGGUGCAGCACUUCAUAGUCUACUGGGCUGCUCCCACCGCCGGUGCUGUGCUCGCAGCAGCCUUCUACCGAAUCUACCUGAAACCACACAAGGCGGCUCUUGAGGCGAAACGGCGGAACGAGAGAGAAGGGAAGGAAGGGAAGGAAGGGAGGGAAGGGAAGGCUGGGGAGAGCGGGAAGGGGGAGGAGGAAGCAAUGAGGGCCAGCAGAGAAACAAAGGGGGUUGCGGCGGAGAGAGAGGGUGAGGGGUUGCGAAAACGGGUGGGUGUGGGAGCACGUGAAGAGGAGGAAGAGGUCGGGAUCAACGCCGUUGCCUCUUAUGGCUCGGACAAAGCAAGGUGCAGCCACCAUGGCGGCGUUGCCGAUGCUUCUGUGCGUGCUGCUUGUGACGUCGGCAUGGAAUGUUGCAGCAGGAUCCAAGGGAAGUGUUCUAGGGGCCACGACGACCAGGGUCAGCAGCACGUCCCCUACCUUCCUGAAACUGACAGCCACGACGACCAAAUCGGCGAAUCAGUUGCUCCAGCCCGUGAAACUGACAACCACGACCAGGACCAGCAGCACGUCCCCUACCUCUUUGAAAUUGGAGAAAAUUUUGACCACCUCCCCCACCGCCGUGACACUGACAACCACUACCAGGACCUCUAG